UUUAAAAUGGAACUAUCGAUAGGUCUUAUCGAUGAUUAUUGCAAUGCUGCUUUCACUAUUACAACAACGAGGAACGCAAUAAUAAUAACCAAACACGGCGACUUUAAGCUGUGGAGUUUCAAAAUUAUUAUUUAACUUUAGAAACAAGCGUUUCUUGGUAAGGUUUAAUAACCGUUUUCCAGUUAUCAUGAGCGCUAAGGAUAAAGCAGACGGUGCAGUGCCAAAGAAGGAAGAAAGUACGUCAGAGAAUGAGGAAGAAGAAGACAAAACAACAAUGGAGACAAUACGACGUUUCUUUGCACAGACAUUAAAUUUCUCUGAGAGCAAUAAUGAGACAGACGCCAGCAGAACGGUGGAGCAGGUUAUACCAGAUCUCACAUUCGAGGGUCUAUCUGCGCACUGGCGGGAGCAUGGCUUUAAGAAGAUUGUUACAAUGGUAGGCGCAGGCAUAUCCACCUCCGCUGGUAUACCGGAUUUUCGUUCACCUGGAUCUGGCCUAUACGAUAACCUUAAGAAAUAUAAACUACCACAUCCUACGGCUAUUUUCGAUUUAGAUUAUUUUAUGAAAAAUCCCAAACCAUUCUUUGCUUUGGCCAAAGAGUUGUAUCCCGGUUCGUUUGAACCAACGCCAUCUCAUUAUUUUGUCCGACUUCUGCACGAGAAGGGUCUACUUCAACGCCAUUAUACACAAAAUAUAGAUACACUGGAUCAAUUGGCUGGAAUUCCCACAGAAAAGAUUGUCGAGGCCCACGGUAGUUUCUAUCUAAAUCACUGCUUGAAGUGUCGCAAGGAGUACGAUAUGGCAUGGAUGAAAGCGCAAAUCUUUGCCGAUAAAUUGCCCAAAUGCGAGAAAUGCAAGGGUGUGGUAAAGCCGGAUAUUGUUUUCUUUGGCGAAAAUCUGCCAUAUCGCUUUUACAGCCUGCCCGAUGAGGACUUCAAGGACUGUGAUUUGCUCAUCAUAAUGGGAACUUCUCUGGAAGUGCAGCCAUUUGCAUCUUUAAUCCGUCAUGCUGGGCCAAAAUGUGUGCGAUUGCUCAUUAAUCGUGAACCUGUGGGCCGAGCAAGCUAUGUGUCUGCUUUCGAUAAGAACGACAAGGAUUCGAUGCGCUAUGGCAAGCCUCAUAAUAUAAGAGAUGUGGGCUAUUUAGGAGAUUGCGAUGCUGGGGUUGAGGCGUUGGCCAAAGCUCUUGGCUGGGAAGAUGAACUGAAGCAAUUGAUACAAAAAGAACGGGAGCUCUUAACCCAGGAGGCGUCAGCGGAUAAGAAAAAAGAUGAGAAAAGUACUAAACCUUCUGAUGAUUCCGAUAAAGCAGCUCCAUCGUCGUCGUCGUCGUCAUAGAAAAAAUGUUUUAAGUUAGUAAAUUGAACAUUAGUUAAUUUGUACCCAAUUGCAGUGCAAUAUUUACAUAUACAUAUAUAUAUAUAGUACAUACUUGUGAUCUGUACGCUUUUGAAAUAAGAAUGUUAAAUCCUUGGUGGUUAAUCUCA